ACGGUGCGGUGUUCUUCAGCAACAACUAGAGAAAUUCUAAGUUCGAUAUUUUAUUUUGAUUUUAUGUGAAAUGCAAGAUUUCAUUAUAAGAGAGGCAGUUCCACAGGACUGUCAAGGAAUACUUGAAUUAAUUAAGGCUCUUGCAGUGUAUGAAAAGGAACCYGAGUCUGUUGUUUGUUUGACACCUGAAAUUUUAGAGAGGGAUUGUUUUGGAGAAAACCCAUGGUUUUAUUGCUUUGUGGCUGAGAAAGAAUCAAGUGCUGGAAAAGAUCUUGUUGGUUUUGCACUGUACUAUCAUGCCUAUUCWACUUGGAAAGGACGUAUGCUGUAUUUAGAAGACAUUUUUGUUAUACCAAGUGAACGAAAAAAAGGCAUUGGAAUUGGAUUUAUAAAAGAGAUAAGUAAGGUUGCAGUGAAGAAGAAGUGUUAUAAAGUCAAGUGGGCAGUCUUAGACUGGAACCAAAACUCUAUUGAUUUUUUCAAUUCUUUAGGAGCUCAAAUAGAGAAAGAGUGGAAACUAGUGUGUUUAGACAACACUGCAAUGUUAACUUUAGCUGAAGAGAAAUAAAAACAAUGAMUGCCUGCUGC